AUGUCUGCCUCUGAUUCCUUCGCCGACCACUGCCGCCCGUCCCUCACUCACCCAGCGAACAGUGACAUUCACACUCACGCCCACGCCCACGCCCACGCCCAGCCCCUUGAUCAUCUCGUGCCUGCCUCACGCCUCAGCUCUCAGCGCAACUCUCCAUACCCCCCGACCGAAUCGUAUUUUGAAGAAGCGUUCGCCGCAUAUCCGCCAUCGUCACCUCCACCGAGCUUCCUGGACAAUAUACUUAACCCCGCCGAUCAAAGCUUCCUGCCCUUUGGGUACCGUCAAAGAGACUCCACGCCCCGGCAGAGGCCUCAGUCCCCGGUGCUACCCUCCAUCCCCGACCCCAGCUCCAACCAUAUGCCUCCCACACGGUCCUCGCGCCUUCCCAAUGGCUACGUCGACCUCACCAAUGACACAAACUCCAUUUCUCCCGCAGAACAUAUCCUACGACGAAGCAGACGACGGACGCCAACACCAGGCCCUUCUGGUCCGUCUACAAAACGGCUGAAGAGGAAUAAUGGUACAUCGACAUCAACAUCAGCAUCAGCGGGGAAGUCAGCUCCAGCUCCAGCGGCCAGGAUUCAGGAAAUAGACCUCUCAAACGAAAAAGUGCCCAUUCAAGAAGUCCUCCAGAGACAGCGGGCAGAGGCGGUGAAAGCACAACAGAAGCCAGAAGAAAAGGCAACUACCUUCAACACCUUCAACUGCGUUAUCUGCAUGGACACGCCGACGGACAUCACAGCGACCUCGUGUGGUCAUCUUUUCUGUCAUACGUGUCUUAUGGAAGCUCUCAUCGCUGGCGAGAAUCGAUCUGGUCCGAACGAGCCGAAACGAUCACGGUGUCCUGUCUGUCGAAAGCUCAUCGUCCGCACCAAGACCUCGGAUAUCAUCCCUCUGCUCAUGAAGAAGGGCCUAGCCACACAGCCCAGGAAGAGCUCGGCUGCUUCAACUCUAAAGGAGAUAUGA